CUGUCCGUCCGUCUCAACCAACACAGCAUCUCUUCUUUUCUCCUCUCUUCUAUUUGUCACAUCAUGUCUGCAAACGGCGCCGACGGGGACCUACUGCAGAUCCCUCUGGGUCUCAUCAACAGCGAGGGGAAGUAUCUGACGGCGGAGACCUUCGGCUUCAAAAUCAACGCCUCGGCCAGCAGCCUGAAGAAAAAGCAGACAUGGACCCUGGAGCAGACCGGGGAGGACGGCAGCGUCGUGUUCCUCCGGUCCCACCUGGGCCGCUACCUUGCCACGGACAAAGACGGAAACGUGACUGCGGACAGCGAGACUCGGGGCCGGGACUGCCGGUUCGUCAUCACUGAAGCCGACGGGCGGUGGUCGCUGCAGUCCGAGCCACACGGUCGGUUCCUCGGUGGCAGCCAGGACCGGAUCACCUGCUUUGCUCAGACAGCCUCACCGGCGGAGCAGUGGAGCGUGCACCUGGCCGUGCACCCGCAGGUCAUCCUCUACAGCUUCGCGCGUAAACGCUUUGCGCACCUGAGCCCCCAGGAGGUGUCAAUAGACCGGGAUGUCCCCUGGGGGGUCGACUCGCUUGUGACAUUGGUGUACCGGGACCAGCGCUACCAUCUGGAGACGUCUGACAAUCGAUUCCUCCGCAAUGACGGCAGCCUGUCCACAAAAACGGACAAAGACACCGGGUACAUGCUGGAGUUCCUCUCCGGUAAAGUGGCAUUCCGCGACUGCAAUGGUCGCUACCUGGCACCUAUAGGCCCCACCGGCACAAUGAAGUCUGGGAAGGGCACCCGGGUCGGGAAGGAUGAACUGUUUGGCCUGGAGCGGAGCCACGCGCAGGUCGUGCUGACUGCGGGGAACGAGAGAAACGUCUCCACGAGGCAAGGCAUGGACCUGUCAGCCAAUCAGGAUGAAGAAGGGGACCAGGAAGUCUUCCAGAUGGAGAUGAGCCGUGAGGACAGGAAGUGUGCCUUCAGGACUGCUGCUGGGAAAUACUGGACCCUGACAGCAACUGGAGGACUGCAGUGCACCGCCUCCACCAAGUCUGCCAACAGUUUCUUUGAACUGGAGUGGCGUGACGGUCGUGUGUGUGUACGUGCAGCAAACGGCAAGUAUGUGAUCGCCAAGAAGAACGGACAACUAGCUGCUACUGUUGACAGCCAAGGAGAGGCUGAGCAGUUCCUGAUGAAGCUGAUCAACCGUCCAAUCAUUGUCCUGCGUGGAGAACAUGGUUUCAUCGGGGCUCGUAAAGCAGGAACUGCGACUCUCGAUUCCAACCGAGCAUCUUAUGAUGUUUUCCAGCUGGAGUUCCACAACGGAGCCUACGCCCUGAAAGACUCCCAGGGGAAGUAUUGGUGUGUUGGAGACGAUACAGCAGUGUCGUGCAGCAGCGCCACACCUGUCCAGUUCCUAUUUGAGUUCUGCGACCUCAACAAGAUGGCAAUCCGUGCUCUGGGAGGGAAGUACCUUAAAGGAGACCACGCUGGGGGGCUAAAGGCCAGCGCCGACUCCGUGGAUAAUGCCACCCUUUGGGAAUACUGAGAAAGCACAACCGGACUCCACCAGUAUCUGACAUGAUGCUUCUAACUAUUGAUAGAUUCUGUAGGUAGCUGUUUUUUUGCAUUGUGUGUGUGUGUGUGUGUGUGUGUGUGUGU